UUUGACUCUAUGGCUUUGGCAGUAAACAAACAUCGUGCUGGUGGCUCCUGGCUGGCUGCUUCAGAGUAGUCAAGAAAUAUUUAACUUUUAACAGGCGUUCUGCUUCAAACACAGCAAUAUGUCGAUAGAAAUUGAAUCGGCGGAUGUUAUCCGUCUGAUCCAGCAGUAUCUCAAGGAAAACAACCUUGGGAGAACUUUGCGUGCACUGCAGGAAGAGACUUCAAUCACUCUGAAUACUGUAGAUUCUGUUGAAAGCUUCAUGGCAGAUAUAAACCAAGGGCAUUGGGAUACUGUGCUCAAGGCUAUCCAGACUCUUAAACUUCCUGACAAGAAACUUAUUGAUUUAUAUGAGCAGGUUGUUCUGGAACUAAUUGAACUGCGAGAGCUGGGAGCUGCAAAGUCUGUUCUCCGUAAUACUGAUCCCCUCAUUAUGCUGAAACAGACUGUACCUGAAAGGUAUGUUCAUCUUGAAAACUUGAUUGCACGUUCCUACUUUGAUCCUCGUGAGGCCUACCCAGAAGGUGUAACAAAAGAGCGUCGCAGGGCAGCUAUUGCAGCUGCGCUAGCAGGCGAGGUGUCAGUGGUACCACCGUCACGUUUGUUGGCUCUUUUGGGACAAGCUUUGAAGUGGCAGCAACACCAAGGACUAUUGCCCCCUGGCACCCAGAUUGAUUUGUUCCGAGGUAAGGCAGCCAUGAGAGAACAGGAAGAUGAGAAGGUUCCUACCCAGCAAGCACGCUUCAUACGCUUCCCUCAGAAAGCCCAUGUUGAAAGUGCACAUUUCAGCCCUGAUGGACAGUACCUUGUCACUGGAAGUUUUGAUGGCAUCAUAGAAGUGUGGAACUUUACAACUGGUAAGAUCCGUAAAGAUUUGAAAUACCAGGAGAAAGAUUCGUAUAUGAUGAUGGAGGCAGCAGUGUUAAGUCUGGCCUUCAGCAGGGACUCAGAGAUGUUGGCAAGUGGUUCACAAGGAGGACAAGUUAAGGUCUGGAGAGUGAACACUGGCCAGUGUUUGCGAAAAGUAGAACGAGCACAUUCUGAAGGUGUAACGUCUCUUGCAUUUAACAAAGACAACAGUCAAGUAAUGUCCACAUCCUUUGACAACACUCUUAGAAUACAUGGGCUGAAAUCUGGCAAGACAUUGAAAGAGUUCCGUGGUCACUCAUCAUUUGUGAACCAAGCUACCUUCACUCAAGAUGGCCAUAACAUUAUCAGUGCGUCUUCUGAUGGAACUGUGAAGGUGUGGUCAGUCAAGACAACGGAGUGCAUUGCUACAUUCAAAUCACUAGCUGGUGUGACUUCUGUAGAUCUUCCUGUGUAUUCAGUCCACAUUCUCCCCAAGAAUCCUGAUCAUAUUGUGGUGUGCAAUCGCUCCAAUACUGUAACUAUUAUGAACAUGCAGGGUCAAACCGUACGGUCUCUAUCUUCGGGUAAAAGAGAAGGUGGUGACUUUGUGGCUUGUGUAGUGUCACCCAGAGGGGAGUGGAUCUUCUGUGUUGGUGAGGAUCACGUGUUAUACUGCUUCUCCACCUCCACAGGCAAACUGGAGAGAACACUCAAUGUUCACGAGCAGUCUGUGAUUGGGAUGACCCACCACCCGCACCAGAAUCUACUGGCUACAUACAGUGAAGAGGGUCUACUAAAACUGUGGAAGCCUUAAGUUAAGAAAUAAAUCAUUGAUGAUAUUUCUCCUCUCAAUACAAAUGUUUGUACCAUAGAAGCAUAUAAGGGAUACGGUAUGUAGUAUAAAUAACUGCAAAAUAUAUCCCAUAAUCCAGCUUCAAAUUUUUUUAUACUUACCCAGUGCAGUACAGUAAAGUACAGAUUCCAAAGAAUGAAUGUGAAUUUUACACAAGUCCUGACUCACUUAAUUUCAAGAAUCAACUGUAUGAGCUCAUUAAAGGAACAGGGUAAACAUUUGCCACAAACAUGGGUAGCAUGUUUGACAAGUUUGUUAAAGUAAGAUUUGCCAUUACAUAAUAUUAGUCCUCGAAUAAUUGGAAAAUUUGAUGAAGGAAAUUAGAGUGAGUUAGAAAAGCAGAACCAGUUGUACUUUCCCUCAAGAACAGUAGGUUUUUGAUGAAUGCCUUUUGGUCUGAGCUAGGUUAGGUUAUUAACCUUCUGGCAUUAUUUUAUUCAAUUAUUGCAUUUAAUAUGAGAAUUUGUUGUCAAUACCCAUUUGUUGAGAAGGUUUUGUAAUAAUUUACAUCUGUAGAAUAUGUAACACUUUACUUACUGCAGGAUGAGUUUACUUUAUAUAGGUUAAUUUUAAUAAUAUCUUUUAAGUAGAAUACUUCAGGGUUUAAAAUCAAGAUCUUUGUUGCAAAUUUGAAUAGAACUUUGGUGAAUAUUUGUGAUAAUUUGUGUGUGUGCACUUGGGUCAUCAUUCAUAAAACUAUAAGAUCUAAUUAUCCAUGGCUUGGAUAAUUAAUUUAAUGAUUAAGGAGUCAAGAAGUCAGUGGUGAAUUUUAAGAAAUUUUCAUCUCUGUUUACAUGGAUAUGUCCUUUGGACACUAGAUAGGUAUCUGGCAAGACGGAUAAAAGAUAAAAUAAGAGUACAAAGUUAA